UCAAUGGCCUAGUUUCGGUCCGGUGGACUGCCUGGCCAAUAAACGAAGAAGAAGAAGAAGUCUCAUGAGACCACUCGAGCGGAGCGGUUCGGAUGUAGCCAUGGAUAAACGCACUAAAUUAUCAAUAUGCUUAAUAGCAUUAGAAAUUUUGAACGAAAGUAGCACUGAUAGUUCUUCCGAAGAUGAACUAAUUAUGAGAUUGCCAAUUCAAGUUCGACCUCGUGUUAAAAAUUAUAUGGAAACAGUCAAUGAAUAUUCGGAUAUAGAAUUUAAGAGUCAUUUUCGGCUAUCGCGUGUAGUGUUUACAUAUUUAUUAAAUUUAAUAAAACCCAGCUUAGAAAAGCAAGGUAAUGGAUAUGGACGGUGUCCAAUUCCUCCAGACGUACAAUUACUAGUAGCACUAUGGACUAUGGCAACACCUGACUCAUAUCGAUCAGUUUGUGACCGAUUCAAUAUUGGACGAGCAACUGCUUGGCGUGCUAAUAGAAAAGUCUGCUCAGCAAUUUAUUCUUUAGCACAUAAAUUUAUUAAAUGGCCUGAUGCAGAGGAAGCAGAAUAUACAUGGAUAGAUAUACAAUACAAAUAUAAGUUUCCAAAAGUACUUGGUGCUGUAGACGGUACCCACAUACAUAUACAUAAACCAAAGAAACAUGCAGAAAGUUAUGUCAAUCGAAAAGGUUAUUAUUCAAUACAGUUACAAGUAAGUGAAAUAUUUAUUGUAAUUAAUAUAACGUAAU